AUGCCCCUGAAAGAGCAUGCGUUCCAGGUGGCGGAGCUCUGCCGCCUCGCCUUCCCCGAUAAGGAGUGGCUCCCCCUGGUCGGCCUCAUCCACGGCCUCGGGAAGCUGCUCGCCCACCCCUCCUGGGGCGCCCAGCCCCAGUGGGCCGUCGCCGGCGAGACCUACCCGCUCGGCUGCCGGUUCGCGCCGCAGAUCGGGCACUCUGAGCUGUUCUCGGCCAACCCCGACCGGCGGCGGCGCGGGUUCUCGACGGCGGAGGGCGUGUACUCUCCUGGGUGCGGCCUCAAAGAGGUCUACAUGAGCUGGGGGGCGCCAGAGUACCUGUAUCUUGUGAUGAUACUCAACCAGGUGGCGCUGCCAGAGGAGGCGCUCUUCAUACUCAGGUACCAAAAGUUUUACAGCCUCACCCGCCCUGGCGGCGCGUACCGCAACCUACUGUCCCCCGACGACGAGGCGUGCCUGCCGCUGCUGUCCGCCUUCCAGCGGCUGUCGGUGUACCGCCGCGUGCAGCUGCCGCCGCAGGCGCUGACCGGGCGCGCCCUGACGGAUCACUACGAGGCGCUCGUCGCGAAGUACAUAGGGAGCGACAGGCUGUACUGGUGA